AUGUUCUCUGGCUCCAACUCAUAUCUGGGUGGCAGCAACAGUGCGCGGCCUGGCCAGCCGCAGUAUGGUCAGCAACAACAGGCCUUUGGUGGCCAGCCAUCACCCUUUGGCGCACAGCAGACGGGCUUCCAGGGUCAGGCGCAGGCAUCAUUACAGCAGCAAUAUACUGGCUACCCCGGCGGUGCACUGCAGCCGCAAGCGACCGGAUAUCCUCCUCAACCACCGCAACAACAGCAGCAGCAAGCACCAUUCCAGCAGCCACAGUUCACGAGCUUUCAACAGCCGCAGGCGACAGGAUAUCAGCAGGCCCCGCAACAAAUCCAACCGCAGCAGACCGGCUUCCCUGCCAGCCAGCCUCCUCCACAGCAACAAAAUGGCAUUGCGCCGCCACCUGCCCAGCCGCAGCGACCACAGCAGACCGGGAUGACCAGUAACGACAUGGCCAACUCCUUCCGCGGCUCGUCAGCCACCCAGCCUGCACCGCAAUCGCAACCCACUGUCAAGCGAGGGAUCCCGAGCAUCCGCCUCUCCUUCAUCACGGCCACCGAUCAAGCCAAGUUCGAGCAAUUGUUUAAGAGCGCGACCAAUGGCGAGCAGGCACUCAGCGGAGACAAGGCGAGAGAUCUGCUGCUCCGGAGCAAAUUGGACGGUAACAGCUUGGCGCAGAUAUGGACACUUUCGGACACCACCAAGAGCGGGCAGCUACUGUUCCCUGAGUUCGCACUGUCCAUGUAUCUGUGCAACCUGAGGUUGACUGGAAAGGACAUGCCGACAUCACUGCCAGACAGAGUUAAGAACGAGGUCAGCAGUAUGGUGGACAUCAUCUCCUUCGGCGUGGCAGAUGACGGACCCGCCAGGCAGACAGCAACCAAUGCGCCCAACUUCAACGAGCCUCCCCAGAUCCAGCAGCCACAGGCGCAAAGUGCCAGCAAUCAGCAGCUUCUCAGUGCGUUGACUGCUCAGCCAACAGGAUAUCAAUUCCCACAGCAGACGGGGUACCAGCAGGCACAACCGACUGGGUUGCUGCCGCAGCAGACUGGGUUCCAAGGUGGUAUGCCACAGGCUACUGGCUAUAGUGGCCCACGUCCGCCUAUGCCACCGAUGCCCACAGGCUUCAAUCAGACAUCGGCACUUUCGCCACAGCAGACAGGAUACCCAAUGGCCGCACCCUUGAACGCGCAGCCUACCGGUGCACCUGGCCAAUGGGGCCUCGUCAACGCUCCCGCUUCCGGUCUACCAAACUUGCAAGCUCUGCAGCAACAAAUGAUGCCACAGCCAGGACGCGAAAGUGGCUUCUCUGCCCAAGGUCUGCGCGGUAAUGCGACUGUGCCAUGGGCUGUGACAAAGGACGAGAAGAAGAUCUAUGACGAUAUGUUCAAGGCGUGGGAUGGUUUUGGCAAAGGCUACAUCACUGGCAAUCAAGCCAUUGAGAUCUUCGGGCAAUCUGGAUUGGAGAAGCCAGAGCUGGAACGAGUCUGGACGCUGAGUGAUCCUCACAACAAAGGUAGGUUGAACCUGGACGAAUUCGCAGUCGCCAUGCAUUUGAUCUACCGACGUCUCAAUGGCUACCCAGUACCCAAAUCGCUACCAGCCGAGCUCAUUCCGCCGAGCACGCGCAAUAUCAAUAGCUCUAUCGACCGCAUGAAGGGUCUGCUUUCGCAAGAUGCCACCGAGCGCAAGAGUACGGGCGCCUUUUUGCAGCCGCAGAAGACUGGGGUCAGCUAUCUCAAAUCGCACUCUUUCCGGUCCGGAUCGCCUGAUACUGGAGGACGCAAGGAUGCGACCGUCUUCAAGAACAACGACGACGAUGUGGGCUACCGCUCAUCUGCUCGGAGGAGAGUGGGAGGCGAUGCUGAUGGCCGUUCGCCAAGUCCUGCUAUCAGUGAGCAGAGUGCAGACGACCUGAGCAUUGAUCAGCUCAAGAAGACCAUUCGUGAAAAGCAAGUACUGCUGGAUGCGAUGGACUUCGAGGAUGAAGGCCAUGAAGAUGAGGAGGAUGCACUUGAUCGCAAGGAUAAGAAGGAAGCUGAAGAACUUUUCAGACGCAUCAGGAGGAUACAGGACGACAUUGAUGGGCACCCAAAUAGUGUCUACAAGAGUGCUGAUGGAGAUUCCGAGAGGAGGGCAUUGCAGCGGCAAUUGCGUGGUCUGCAAGAUCGUCUCCCGGAGCUCGCGAGUCAUGUCCGGAGAUGCGAGCGCGCAAUUGCUGAUGCUCAGCUUGAGCUCUUCAAGUUGAAGGAUGCCAAGGCCAAUCCUGGAUCUGCGCAGAGUAUCGUCGGAACUGGUCCAGGUGGUCAGGUGACGGAGUCAGACAGACUCAGAGCAAGAGCAAAAGCUAUGAUGCAGCAGCGCUCUGCAGCAUUGGCUGGCCGGAAAGUGGAUGUGGGCGACGAUGGAAGUGCGGCAGCGGGGAGAUUGGAAGGCGAGCAGAAGCGUGUGAACCGAGAGAAGGACGAUAAUGAGGCGAUGGUGAAGGAUGUCGAGGAGAGUGUGACUGAGUACAGUCGAGGGCUGGAAUCGAGCUUGAAGGAAGGUGCGGAAAGUGCUAGUGAUGAGCACGAGCGGAGGAGGUGGCAAGAUGGUCUUGGCGUAGAGGAUGAGGUGAAGGACUUCAUCUUUGAAAUGCAGCGCAGCUCACGAGCUGCAAAAGUCCGGACAGAAGACCGCGCUCGCCCUGCGGCAGCUCAGCAAAGUCGUGAUGUCGAGGACAGGAGCAGCACACCUACCGCACCUGCAAGAACAGACAGUCCGGCAGCACGACAACCAGCACAGGCCAGUGGCGGCACCUACAAUACAUAUAAGACCGCCGAGGAGAAAGCGGCAUAUGUUCGACAGCAAGCCGAGCAAAGAAUGGCAGAGCGUAUGGCCGCACUUGGUCUUCGCGCCCCGUCUAAGAGCGGUGGUGAGAAUGCCCAGCAGCGAGCCGAACGUGAGCGCAAGGAGAAGGAAAGCCGCCUCAAGCAAGCCGAAGAAGAGGAUGCCAAGCGUGAGCAAGAACGACAGGCACGUUUGCAAGGCGAAGGAUUUGGCGCACCAACGCCACAAUCGCCAAGCCAGGCUGCUGGAAAGCCUAAGCCACCACCGCCUGCCCCGAGGAAGAAUAGGAGCGAGAGUUUGCAGAGUGAGCAGAGCCAGCAGGGCAAGGUCGAUCCUCAACUGAAGGCCGAGGUACUGAAGGAGCAGCAUCAAGAGACACGAGAUCUAGAAAAUGAAGAAGCGAAGCAGGAGCGUGAACUGCAUAAGCAACGCGAAGAGGCCGAAGCUAACCUGCGCGCGCUCGAAGAACAAGUCAAAGCAGGUAAGCUGAAGCGUAGCGAGGAGAAGACACGCCGCGCAGCAGCCAAGAAGGAAGCCGAUGAGAAGGAGAAGAGGCUUGCAGCACAGCGAGCAGAGAUAGAGGCUGCCAAGGAGAGGGAGAGGCAGCUUCGCGCUCAGCUCGAGAACAUCGACGAUGAUGAUAGCAGUGACGACGAAUGGGAGAAGCCAGAGGAGGACACGCCGACGCAGAGCGUCAGCUCGCUGCCACCACACGCGCCAUCUGCGCCUGCACCACCGACUCCUGCUCUGGAAGAAGUGAGGGCGCAGGAGCCUGUUCGCGAAGAGGCUGCCGCGACUGCGCUACCUGUCGCCAGCCCUCCAGCAUCUGAAAGCAAGAAUCCUUUCUACCGCUCUACGGGACAGAGUCAGGCAGGCUCAAGCAUCACCAGCCCUGCCGCGGUCGAGGAGAAGAAAGAUACCAAUCCUUUCCAUCGUCUCAGUAAUGCAGACAUCCAGAGGCAACAGCAAGCCCUGCCCGAUCCGGCACCGCCUUCUGCUAGGACUCGUGGAGCUCCCAAGGACGAAGACGACUGGAGCGUUGUCGAAUCGGACGAUGACGAGGAAGAGGAAGAGGGACCUACAGGCGGAAGCGCGAAGCAACUAGCAAGUAUUCUCUUCGGUACCAUGGCUCCUCCUCGCCCCUUGAGCGCCGCUGGAUCCGGCCCGGCUUCACCUGCUGUGGGUAACAACCGUGCGGCUUCCCCACCUUUGGCCAUGCCAGGUGCAUUCGCGCAUAGUGCACCUCCACCUCCGCCUCCACCGCCACCAGGUGGUGCUGCGCCGCCGCCGCCUCCCGGGCCGGCUCCGGCUCCUGCUUUGCCUGGUGGUGGUGCUGCUGCGGCAGGUGGGGAUGGUGCGGCGUCUGAUAGGAGUGGGCUUUUGCAGCAGAUUCAGCUGGGUAAGGGGUUGAGGAAGACGGAGACGAAGGAUAGGAGUACGGCUGGUAGUGCUGGGAAGGUGCUUUAG